AUGAAGGAUAACGGUGCAACAAAACCGCAACAACAACAACAACAACAACAACAAUCAAGCAGUACAAAUGAAUACACAGGAGGAGAAUAUUCAUCGCAACAAAGCAAUGAACAAAGAAAUGAGUCUUAUCCUCAACAUCAAAUAUCAACAACUGUAACAACAAAUCGUCCAUCAAUGAAUUCUUAUGGUGGUAGUGGUCAAACAAAUAAUUCAAAUGGAAAUAAUCAAAAUCCAUCAGGAACAAAUUCAUAUAAAUUAAAACAACAAAGAAAUUAUGGAAGUAAUCGUUAUGAUCCAUUAGGUGCUCAACAAGCUGGUUAUCAAGCACGUAAUGCUUCACAACUUCAAGGUCAAUGGAAUAAUGGAGUUGCAGCUGCUGUUGCUGCAGCAGCACAAACAUCAUAUGGAGCUUUUGGAAAUCCAUUUGGUCUUCCACAUCAUUAUCAACAACAAGCUGAUAUGUAUGCCGGAUAUUAUGGAACACCUCAACAAACAUCUUAUGGACAACCUGGAACUCAACAAGCUGUUUAUGGUGAAUAUGGACAACAAGUUAUACCACCUGAAUCUCCUAAAGGUGGUCAUGUUGUUUAUAUUUAUGGUAUUGGACAAAGAGCUACUCAAGAAGAAAUUUAUGCUUUAUUUCAACCAUUUGGACGUGUUCUUCGUGUUGAUAUUAUUAUUGAUUUUAAUACGGGUUUAUGUAAAGGAUAUGCAUUUGUCGCUAUGGAACAAUAUCAAGAAGCUCAGAUGGCAGUUCAAAGUUUAAAUGCAACACCAUUCCAUGGUCGACAAUUACAAGUUCGAUUUAAGACAUAA